AGGCAAAGCUAACGUAACAAUCACAGAGAAUUAAUAUAAUCAAUGGAAGAGGGGAUGAGGAGUGGGAAUAAGAAUGGUAAUGGAGAGGUGAGAUACAGAGGCAUACGGAGGAGGCCGUGGGGUAAGUUUGCCGCUGAGAUCCGUGACCCGACCCGCAAAGGGACUCGCAUUUGGCUCGGAACCUUCGACACCGCCGAGGAGGCUGCCAGGGCUUACGACGCCGCCGCCUUCCAUUUCAGGGGUCACCGAGCUAUUCUCAAUUUCCCCAACGACCAUCACUCCCUUCAUCCUCCCACUUCUUCACUGCCUCUGCCUCUGCCUUCUUCUUCUUCUUCCUCUUCGUCUUCGAGAAUCCCGCCACCCGACGCCGACGGCGCCGUAGAGUUGGAAUACUUGGACAACAACUUGCUGGAUGAACUCCUCCAACAAGGUCACGGCCAUCCUCACUUUCCUCAGUGAAACAUUAUUUUGUUUUGCAGAUUUGUUAUCAGUUUGCUGUUUCUUUUUUCUUUCUCUGCUGAUUUGUUCAAUGCGUCAUCGGCAAUAAGUUCCGUGGUGAUAUAUUUUGCGAACAUUGUACCUAUCGUUUAUCCUAAAAAGAAAAAGAAAAAGAAACGCUGCGCCUACCGUGUUUU